AUGUCCUCUUCGAAUGCAGCAAUAGGACAAAUACUUCUCGCUGUUUCAAUAUUUGGUCUUUUACAUUCCGCGUUUUCCUCAUAUGAGCAGUUAUCAAAAAUGAAAGCUGCAAGCGAUCCUGUACAACUUCCCGCCAUAGAUGUCAUGGCAGAAGCUGUGAUCUCCCUUGUGGUUUUCACCUUUGGGGCUGCGUUCUGGUCUCCAGAAUUAAAACCGAACACAUGGGCUGCCGAGAUGGCACAUCGGACGAUCGAUCAGAUGAACUCGCGUCCGGGGUUCGCGAGGAUUGGACAUAGAGGGAGGUUUUUGCCUGGCAAGGGAAAGUCAUGA